CUUAUUAUUCAGUAGCUGGUCUGUGAGCAAGAUUUUGAAUCUUUAGAUCGGAUAUACUUGGUUGCAUCGCUAGCGUUAACCCCUGUGAGCCUGCUGAACUACUCGUGAGUUCACCACCAUGCCCACCUCUGGAGACGAGGAGAAGAGUCCUCUGCUACGUUCUGUAGAGGCAGCAGCUCCCAAGAACUACACUGCUGUAGUCCCAGUAGAAGACAUUAGCCACUAUGAAGGAAAACCCAGGUUACUGGUAUUGCAACACCAGGUUGUCUACUUGCUAUUAUGGGUGCCAGUGGCUCGGGAAAAUCGACGCUGCUAAACGUGCUGACAAUGAGGAACACUAAAGAUUACAUCACCUCGGGAGAGGUUCUUCUCAAUGGCGUUCCCGCUUUGCUUCGCAUGGACCGAAAAUUGGAUACCAGAGCUCGUCUUGCUCGCGUAGAUGAGGUCAUGCAAGAGAUGGGCCUCAUUAAAUGCGCUGACUCCCGAAUUGGAGCAGCUAGUGGCUCCAGGAAAGGUAUCUCUGGUGGUGAGAGGAAGCGGCUGUCCUUUGCCUCUGAAGCGUUGACCAACCCACCCAUCUUCUUCUGUGAUGAGCCAACGUCUAGCCUGGACACUUUCAUGGCACAGAGCAUUGUGCAGACAUUGCAGGUGGGCAGGUUCUUGUUUGAAGCCAGUCUUGAGCUCUCAAAACCAUCCGUACAUAUACAAAUGAAUUGUUAGAGCAUGGUAAUUAUUAUGCCUGAUGAUCUCGAAGACUUAACAUUAAUUCCCUUGAUUAACCAUGAGGAAUUAUUUUCUUUAGAGAGCAGCAAACAAUACACACAUAUAUUUAUAUAUAUAGAGAGACAGCUAUAAAUAUUUAAAAAAUGAACAA